AUGUCGAGUAAUGAUAAUCAACCUGAAAUGAGCAAAUAUGAAAGCUGUUAUCGAAUGAUAGCUACAUUAACUGAUGAAAAUCAUCUUUUAUCAACUAUACCAUCAACAUCUGUACGAAGAGCACUAACAACUCAAUCAUCUGAUAAAAAAGAAAUUGAACAAAUUGAUAUAAUUCAAAAUCAUACAACACAUUCUGAUAAAAUAACUAAAUAUCGUGAAGAAUAUGAUGAAAAAAUUCAAGAAUUGGAAUCACGUAUUAAAGCAAUUGAAGAAUGGAAAGCAACACAUGAAGCAGGUGAAGUACAAAAAACCACGGAAAUACAAAAAAAUGAAGUUAAUAAAGAUCUUUUCUCACAUAAACUUGAAAAUAAAACAUUACAUACAAAAGAUACUGAUGAACAAGAUGACCAUGAUGAUCAUUCAAGUCGUCUUAUUGAAGAGCAACACCGAAAUUUAAAUAAUGAUUCGUACAUCUUGUACGAUAAAAAACAAGCUGAACAAAUCGAAUUAUUAAAUUCGACAAUUAUUGAACGUGAUCGAAAAAUGGUAGGAUUAUAUGAUAAUCAAGUAAAACAUCUUAAUGAACAAGUAGAAAAAACAGAAUCGAAAUUGGAAUUAAAAUCAGCUGAAUGUUUACAACAACGUGAUUUAUUUAUUGCAGAAAAAAGAGAAUUACAAAAUGAAAUCGAAGCAAAUAAAGAAAAUGUUUUACAAUUUGAAGAACGUGAACGAAAAUUAAUAAAUGAAAUAGAACGAUUACGUAUACAAUUAUUAAAAAUGAACCAAUCUUAUACAACACGUUUACAUGAUUCUGAAGAACAAGCAAGAUCUUUAAGAGUCCGAGUAUCACGACAACAAGAUGAACUUGAGGAACGGGCAAUAGUUAUUGAACAAUUUCUUGCAGAUGGAGAUCGACCAAAAAAAUUAAUGUCAGUUAAUUUGGCUACAUUAACACAUCAAUAUCAAAAACUUGAAGAAACCAACAUAAACUUGACUAAUCAAUUAGUUUAUGAAAAGAAACUUUCACAAGGUUUAAUGUGCUUCUUAGACACAAAUUUAAUAGCACGUGAACAAGCUUUAACAACAACUCAAGCAACAACUGCUAAUCCAUUACCAUCUAAUAUUCAUAAUUUAGGUCAACAACUUCAACCACCUAAAAAUAUUUCAUAUUAUUCACAAUUAAUAACUGAUGCAUAUAUUGCCAAACAACUUGUUAGAGAUUGUAUAUUGUCAUAUUUUCGUGCACCGCUUCAUCAAAAACAAGAAGUUAUAACAUCAUUAAGUGAAUUAGUUGGCUUUACACAAGAUGAAUAUGAAGCUGCACUUAAUAGCCAACUAACUAAUACUAAUAAUAAUGGAAAAAAAAGAACCAGUUGGUUAAAACGUUUGCUUAGUCGUAAUACAUCACCAAGUAUUAAUUUAACUAAAACAAGAGAAGGUAUUAUUCCUGAACAUCAUCAAUUAGCCAUUCGAAAUGAUCAAGAAUUAAAUAAAUUACGUGAAGAUGUACCUAUGGCUCAAGGUGGUGUAUUACCUCAUAUUCAUGGAAAACUUUUACCAAAAGAAAAUAAUGGUGAAGAAGAUAGUGCUGGUAGUAUGGAAUCACAACGUGAUACUCAACCUGCUCAUAUGAUGAUGAUACAAUUAGGUGAACCAAUGGCUAAUAAUGAUAUGAAAAUGAAAAGUAUACCACCAGCAAAAAAAAGUCUUGGUCCACCAAUAUCUCAAAAAAAAUCAAAUAAACCAAAACAACCAAUGCAACAACAAAAUAGUAUGAACAAUGACGAUGAUGAUAAAUCAGAUGAAGACGAUGACGAUGAAUCAGAUGAAGGUGAUGAUAUGACCACCAAUCCUAAUAUCGUAACCAGUUCAAGUGCAUUAGCAACAACAACCGCUAUGGAUACAACAGUUGAUGAUAAUGAAGCUGUAGACUAA